CACAUCUUCCCUCUCCUGUGUGGGAUCUCCACCGAAGAUGGAUCUGACGAAUGACACUACGGUCAUCACAGACAGCGACAGGGGCGUCUUAUUGGAUGACUCCUCAACCCGCGUCCUGACUGGCUGUUUCCUCUCGCUGCUCAUCCUCUCCACGUUGCUCGGCAACAUCCUUGUGUGUGCCGCCGUCACCAAGUGCCGUCACCUGCGUUCCAAAGUCACCAACUUCUUUGUGAUCUCGUUGGCCGUCUCCGACCUCCUGGUCGCUGUCCUGGUGAUGCCAUGGAAGGCUGUGACGGAGGUCGCAGGGUUCUGGCCGUUUGGCUCAUUCUGUGACACUUGGGUGGCGUUCGACAUCAUGUGCUCCACGGCGUCCAUCUUGAACCUGUGUGUGAUCAGUGUGGACCGUUACUGGGCAAUCUCCAGCCCGUUCUGCUAUGAGAGGAAGAUGACUCCUAAAGUGGCGUUUGUAAUGAUCAGCGUGGCCUGGACGCUCUCCGUCCUCAUCUCCUUCAUCCCCGUCCAGCUCAGCUGGCACAAAGCUCAGACCUUUACUUCUACCUCCAUCACUACCUCCACAACCCCACCCUACAGCCUCCAGCCUGCCCCAGACUCCUCUAACCCUGUUGGGGAUAACAACACACAUCAGGCCCCCCGGGACUGGGACAACUGUCACUUCAGCUUGAACCGGACCUACGCCAUCUCUACCUCUCUGAUCAGCUUCUAUAUCCCAGUGAUCAUCAUGGUGGCCACCUACACCCAAAUCUACCGCAUCACUCACCGUCAGAUCAGAUGCAUCGCCACCCUAGAAAGGGCCGCAGAGAGCGCCAAGAACCGACAGAACAGUAUGGGUGGAGGUGGCGGAGGAUCCAGCAUCUCCGAAUCAGAGAGCUCGUUCAAGAUGACGUUCAAACGGGAGACAAAGGUCCUGAAGACGCUGACUCUGAUCGUGGGCGUGUUCGUGUGCUGCUGGCUGCCCUUCUUCAUCCUGAACUGCAUGGUGCCGUUCUGUGAGUCGUCCCCCCGCGGUGCCGCGGCCUCCUUCACCUGUAUCAGCCCCACUAUGUUUGAUGUGUUUGUGUGGUUGGGCUGGGCCAACUCUUCCAUCAACCCCAUCAUAUACGCCUUCAACCCAGACUUCCGUAAGGCCUUCUCUAUCCUUCUGGGCUGCCACAGACUCUGUCCCGGAGAUCACGGCAUGUCUCAAUAAGAAAUGAGCUCAGAGCCUCAGAACCUCCUGUGGUAAUACAACAUCUGCUGAGACACUGGUCUCAGAAGAGGAUCUACAGGACCAGCUGUCAUGGAACAACAGAGACCCAUGGCAUACCAUCAACUGGUGCAUUGUAUCACCAUAAGCAAGCAGAGUAAGCAUUACAACCUUGGUGUAAAAGGUUUGAUGUUGUCAUUGAGGGUGCCGCCACUUAUCAUGCAGUGUGAUCUGACUUGGCACUGCAAUAAGAGAUGAGCGACACUGUGCAGUGUCCCUGACUGUGCAGUGUCCCUGACUGUGCAGUGAAUGCGGUGAGUCCAGUGUCUCUAUAGAGUAGAUACUACAGUGAGUCAGGGCCCCAGACUGGAGGGGGGAUGAAGUAAGGAGGAAAAAGGGUGAAGGAUGUGAUAUUAAGACUGUGUGUGACAGAGUACAGGAGGAGAGAGAGCAGUGCUAAUGAUUCUCUGGGACUGAUAAUCCACAGACUGGGCA